UUGGCGAGAUUACUUUGAACUGAAGUUUGGAGAGUAAUUACUGGAAUUUAUUACUUUAAUGUGGGUUAGAAUUUAGUUUUAAAUUUUUAGUACAUAAUAGAACAUUAGUAUGGUUGUCUAAACCUCAUGUUCAACUUGUGAUACCACUUUGGAUUAAUUUUGCAAUCAACAAUUUUUUUCUUAAAUUUCCUAAAGUUGAUUUUUGUUAUGCCUACUGUUGAGCAAGGCUUUCCUAAUACCCUUGUUCUCUGCUGUAUAUUGGUUGGUGGUGGGUCUUUGGUACAAAAUAAUGUGCUGAGUUAGUUCAAGUUGGUAUUUGUCAAACUCAAUAAGAAGAGGAGGACGAGGAGAAUAAGAAGAAACAGAAGCAAAGUUCACUUGUUUUGUCAUAAAGCCUCCUCUUGAGGUGUGCCCUCCAGUCCUGCCAAUGAUGCUGCAAUUGGCUAAUUAGCUCACCUGCAUUUUCAUCAUUGUUUAAAAUGGUCAGUAGUUGAGAGAAGAUAGGGUAUGAUGAGAAAGCUAAAAGCUCUGAAACCAGGGGAGAAGGGAGGCCCUCGUUUACUGAUUUUAUAUCAUUUUGUAUUGUGGGCUCAGUCCAGCAUGAGCUGCAUGGAUCAACACUUGUUUCCUCAUCUCUGGAUUGAGAAGACUGUACUCUUCUUUCUGGAGCAACAAGGAAUUAUUGCACACAGGAUUCAAGAGUUGGGAGAGGAGCGUACUAUACUUCUUGAGCAUCCGGAGAUAUCUAAGCUAUCUAAUCUGCGAGAAGCAUAUAUUGAAGUUGGACAUGAUCUUUUAAAGCUUCUCAGAUUUGUAGAUAUGAAUGCUACUGGGAUUCGUAAAAUUCUGAAGAAAUUUGAUAAACGAUUUGGCUACAAGUUCACUGAUUACUAUCUAAGUACUAGAUCAAAUCAUCCUUAUUCUCAGAUACAACAAGUAUUUAAGCAUGUGGGUAUAGCAGCUGUUGUAGGAGCCUUGUCUCGCAAUCUUGUUGAGCUUCAAGAACAUCAAGGAAGCUAUCUCUCUCUUUAUGAUCAGCCUUCGACAGCUAUGGUGGUGCAAGACCCUGUCAUUAUCUUAAUACAAGCAUCGGUGGAAAAAUUGACUCGCUCUACAAAUUUCUUGAAAUUCUUGGGACAACAUGCACUUAUCCAAGAAGCUGAGGAACAUGUUGAUGAGAGAAGAUAUCACUUUGUGUCACUUCUUUUGAACUUGGUUAAUACUUUUCUUUAUAUGGUCAACACUUAUAUCAUUGUGCCAACUGCUGAUGACUACUCGAUGAGCCUUGGAGCUGCUGCAACAGUUUGUGGGAUCAUUAUUGGCUCUAUGGCUGUAGCACAAGUGUUCUCUUCAGUUUAUUUUAGUGCAUGGUCUAACAAGUCAUACUUUAGACCUCUGGUAUUUAGCAGCAUCGUGCUCUUUUUGGGCAACGUUCUCUAUGCAUUGGCCUAUGAUCUCGACUCCUUGACAAUUCUUCUCAUAGGUCGACUUAUGUGUGGGAUGGGGUCUGCUAGGGCUGUUAAUCGCCGAUACAUCAGUGAUUGUGUUCCAAAUGAAAUCCGCAUGCAAGCUUCUGCAGGUUUUGUCAGCGCUAGUGCUCUUGGAAUGGCAUGUGGUCCUGCUCUUGCUGGCUUGCUUCAAAUUAAUUUCAAGUUAUAUUGGCUAACAAUUAAUCAAGAUACUUUACCUGGUUGGGUUAUGGCGUUUGCUUGGUUAGCAUACUUGAUUUGGUUGUGGAUUUCAUUCAAGGAGCCAGUUCGUGAUACUGAAGUGAAAAAUUCAUCUCCAGAUGAUGCCAGACAUGUUGAUGCUGAAGCAUUAGAAAGUGGUCUCAACCAACCUUUGUUAAAAGAUUCUGAGCAGAAGCAAAAUGUUGAUGGAGAUGAAGAGUGCAAUGCUAGCGAAGACGGGCCAAAAGAAUCUCACAAACCAGCAACUUCAAUGGCUUCGGCUUAUAGAUUGCUUACUCCAUCAGUAAAGGUCCAGCUGCUGAUAUAUUUCAUGCUCAAGUAUGCAAUGGAAAUAUUACUGUCAGAGUCGAGUGUGGUUACUAGUUAUUACUUUAAAUGGUCGACGGGUCCAGUGGCGAUAUUUCUGGCAGUCCUGGGACUUACAGUUCUUCCAGUUAACGCUGUUGUUGGGACUUACAUUAGCAACAUGUUCGAAGACAGGAAAAUCUUGUUAGGAUCUGAAAUAUUGGUAUUAUUGGGAAUACUACUAAGCUUCAAAGUCACUAGUACAUAUACUGUGCCACAAUAUGUGAGCUCGGCAUUGAUCACAUUUGUGGCCGCUGAAGUUCUUGAAGGUGUUAAUCUAAACCUCCUUUCACAAGUCAUGUCAUCCCGCCUCGCUCGGGGAACUUACAACGGCGGACUCCUAUCGACAGAAGCAGGGACUUUGGCUCGAGUCGUAGCCGAUGGCACGAUCACGCUAGCAGGCUACCUAGGCGAAAGCCGGCUCCUAAAUGUCACCUUGCUUCCUUCUCUGCUAAUCUGUGUAGGCUCCAUCAUUGCCACUCUUCUCACCUACAACACCAUGUACUGAAGAUGGCUGCUUGUGUCGGUAGUCACCUCCGAUCCUCUCUUGUUUGCUCACCGUUUUCUCUUGUCGAUAUUUUCUACUCAAGUCAUGCGAAGUUGUCUCUGGAUUGCAAGGUCUCAAUGAUGCCUUUCGAGUCGACAUCAGUUUUGUGUAUGAUUGUGUAGAUGUUUAAUUCUUGUAGCUGUGGUGUAGGAAUGCCUUUUAGCUUUCAUCAGCAGCUUGAAUAUGAAAAUAAAUUCUCAAUUUUUUUUAUUUAUUUUUUGGAUGAACAAAAGGAUUGAAAGUGUAAAAGAGAUAUUUGUUGUAUCUUUGAAUUUUCUGCAAUAAUAUUUAUUUUUGUGCUGGGUG